GUCAGAAUCAGGAAGUAUCAUGCGCGACAUUUUUGUUGCGACGACCUCGGGAGGCUCAUGCAGAGCUGACAACACACGCAAUCUCGCUCGCCGCCUCAAUGCUCAGCUUCCUCUCACUACGCACGUAGAAUUCAGCAAUGAAUCUAGCCGCAUACUCCGCUCCGUGCUGGUGCGAUAUCUCCGCUAUGGCAAUUGUAAUCCACAAAUCUCACUCACAGCGAAUUCCUCCGCUCUGGCUGACAAUGCGAUCUCGGCAAUCUAGAAAUGGCCGCACAAGCUCGUAUUCAGAUCUCGC